CAUUACUUUCGCGUGCCGGUUUUUUGACAUAUGACAUAUGUCAUCUCAAAUUUCAUCAGCCGUUAUUGCAUUAAAAUAGCAAAAAAUUUCCCGUAUAUGCAUUAAACUAACAAGUCAAAAUGGGAAACACUGUAUCCGCUGCCGAAAUAGCAGCGACGCAAAUUGUCCAUCCCAACGCCCCCCAAAAACAUGACUUUAAUAAAGAGGUAGUUAGGCCCCAUGGCUUCACAGGUUCCCAGAUACCACCGGAAUGCCCCAUGCAUAAAGCAGCAGCCCCCUCUGAGUGUCCAGUCCAUCAAGGGGAAAUCAACCCUUUGAACAUGAUGGGGCCUGCAAACCAGGAGCCAUCACCAGGCCAACCAUUUUCGCUGCCAAAGGAUCGACAAGUGUCUAACAUUCCUAAAUCCGUUGUAAAGGAAGGUGAGAGCCCCUUUUGGGUGUACCCAAGUCAACAGAUGUUUUGGAAUGCCAUGCUGAGAAAAGGUUGGCGUUGGAAGGAAGAAGACAUUACACCCAAAGACAUGGAUGAUAUUAUCAAAAUACACAACGCAAAUAAUGAACAGGCGUGGCUAGAAGUGUUAAAAUGGGAAGCUCUUCAUGCUAAAGAAUGUGGCAAUCCUAAAUUGAAAAGUUUUGGAGGUAAGGCUACACAGUACAGCCCCAGGGCUAGAAUCAGGUGGCUGUUGGGCUAUGAAUUACCAUUUGAUCGACAUGACUGGAUUGUGGAUAGGUGUGGCAAAGAAGUCAGAUAUGUUAUUGAUUAUUAUGAUGGGGGUUCAGUCAGCCAGAAGUAUCAAUUUGCGUUAUUGGAUGUAAGGCCUGCCAUGGACAGCUUUGAGAAUAUUUGGGACAGAAUGACAGUUGCCUGGUGGAGAUGGAGGUAUGGGGAUUAAUCUGCAAAGAUAGUAGAUGGAAGAGUGUCUUGAACCUUCUCACGUUUCGUUCAUACCGUCUCGUAUUUACCUUAUAGCGGUAGAAGUAGACAACUGACUGUUAUUAUUUAUAUUUAAUUAAAUCGUUUCCUUAU